GCCAUCACCGACGAAUAACACCGUAUCCUCCGUUACGCGGCGCACAGUUACCGUCUGACACGGGGGACGGAGGACAGGGACGGAGCGGCUCAUCCUCCUCGCCUCGACCCGAAGCGCACGUGAUGGAAAGCAGAGAUCUUUUUGUACACCUUCAUUGUCUCCCACCACAUCUGGAACAUCUGCUUCGUCUCGUGGCUCUUCCGCUGGGAACCUUUAGGGCUGAACAACUAUGGAUCGCUUAAUUGAAGUUGGGCCACCUGAUCCCCGCUGCGUCAGGACGAGCGAGCAGAAUUAGGGCAAGAAAAAAGUCGUUAUGGACAUUUGUGCGGCUCGUUCACUUCCAGCGCAGGGAGCUGCCGUGAGAAGCGGGUGCACGCGCUCGGGACGCCGCGUCUGUUCGCGCGCAGAGGACAUGGACGCAGCGGGUAGAUUCAGCGCCGCCUGAGAUGCUCUGAGCCGUGUUUCAGUAAGUUUGUAGUUAGAAUAGACGGGCGCACUCGCUCGCGCAGGCUUUGACGUAACAUUGGCAGACAGCUUCUUCUGUUUUUUUUUGGUUUUUUUUGCACGCGCGCGUAGCAGUCGCGCGCGCCGCAGUUUAGCCGCUCGUUACAGCAGGAGCCCCGCUGCAGUUCCACUCGUGCCAGGCAACAGGCCUCAACAACCACUGCGAAAGCUUUUAUUUUGUCAAGACCUUCUAUUUGGACUUUCUCUACAACCCAGGACUUUUAAAAGCUAUGGCUUUACCAGACAGUGGCAUAUCCGGGGAGGAAGUUCCCUUCCCGGAGAUCAUAGAGCUCAAUGUUGGCGGCCAGGUGUACAUAACCCGCUACUCCACCCUCACUAGUGUGCCCGACUCUCUGCUGUGGGAAAUGUUCAGCCGAAAGUCCGCCAAAGGACUGGCCCGGGACACCAAGGGGCGUUUCUUUGUGGACCGCGACGGCUUCCUGUUCCGGUACAUCCUGGACUACAUGCGGGACCAGCAGCUGGUUCUUCCCGACCACUUCCCGGAGCGCGGGCGCCUCCAGCGGGAGGCGGAGUUCUUCAACCUGCCGGAGCUGGUCCGGCUGCUGGCGCCCAGGAUCAGCAAGCAGAACUCGCUGGGCGACGACGGGUGCCAGAGCGACCCGGAGGACUCGUCGCCCGGCGCCGACUCGGCCCGCAACCUGGGCUCGCUGAGCCCAGGUUGCGGCCCCGGCGCCAGGCAGGCGGCAGCGGCGGCGGCGCCGGACGGCAAGCGCUCCGGGUUCAUCACCAUCGGCUACCGCGGCUCGUACACGCUGGGCCGCGACAGCCACACCGACGCCAAGUUCCGGCGGGUGGCGCGCAUCAUGGUGUGCGGCAAGAUCUCCCUGGCCAAGGAGGUGUUCGGCGACACGCUGAACGAGAGCCGCGACCCGGACCGCCCGCCCGAGCGCUACACGUCCCGCUACUACCUGAAGUUCACCUUCCUGGAGCAGGCCUUCGACAAGCUGGCGGACGCGGGCUUCCACAUGGUGGCCUGCAACUCCACGGGGACCUGCGCCUUCGCCCACGAGCAGACGGACGACAAGAUCUGGACCAGCUACACUGAAUAUGUGUUCUACCGUGAGUGAGACCACCGGCUUUGUCGACCCCCCCCCCCCCUCCUCUCCGGUCCCCCCCAUCCUGUCUCCAAGCGCCCCCCCCCCCCCAUUCUGACGGCUCCCGCACCAGUAGAUGUCCUGUAGAUGUUGUGCCCCCCUCCAUCUCUCUCUGCAGCCUCCAGCUUUUAGGCUGUGAACAGUGCCCAGCAGCUGCUCUCUGAGGGUCGAACCUCCUCCCUCCACCCCGACUCCACCGCGCCCCCCCCCCCCAUCCUCCAGGUCCAGCUUUUGCCUUUGCUUGAGCCGCCGCUCCAUCUAUUCGCGCUGUAGUUCCCCAGUCGUCAACUCGUAGCAAACCCCACAGCCUCCUCCUGCAGAGACUGAUUCCUCCUAUGUACUGUUUCUCCUUUUGUACUCUAUGUGUUGCAUCUGCCUGUGUGAAGCACAAAACUGUAUCCAAGAGCUAAUUUUGUCUAAAAAGCGCCCUGUAUGACUACUGAAGCGGUCAUGAGGGCGAAAGGGAAAGGGCUUCAAGGAGCGCUGCGUACGGAGCAGAUCGGACUCCCGCCCGCUCCCCUCAACGAAAGUCACCAAACGAUUGGACGUCACCUGAACCUUGGGGGAAAUGAGCGGCGUCCAGCACCAGAAGAGAUGAAUUUCCUUCAGUUUUUACUAAAUGGCACCAUCGCGGUACUUUCAUAAAACUCAAACGAGUCUCAUAGACGGUGGCCAGAUAACGUGUGUGUAUUGACUCUUCAGUAUUUUAAUCACCCACGCUGGGAGGGUAGUGUUACAUCACUCGCAGCCCACUGCUCUAUCUUAUUUUCUUCCUUCCUCGUUCAUUGUGCUUCUUUGACAUUCACGUGCUCAGCUGCAUAUGUAGAAGAAUUCACCCGGCGAAGCACAUGUUGUACGUCAUGAAGGAAAUGUCGUAGUCAGCGUAGGGGGUUAUGUUUGAAAUAUUCUGUAACUAUGUUAUUCUUAAUACUCAGUUCAGUAUUAGUUGAGGCUGUUUGUGCAUCUUUGAUGAUAUCUGGCGUUUAUUACACGCGAGCGCCCAGGAGGACACGCUGGGUCCAACCAAAGCCACUGUAGCAGGGUGUCAGCAUUGUGAGGGCGGGUUGAAGCUGAACAGGUCUGGGUUCAGAGUCACAACGGAGCGAGGGUUCUGUUCCAUAUACCUCAGACUAAAACACACACACACACGGGCGCACACAAAGGCACCAAAACCCAACAGCUAAUGACAGGAACACGUGAAAUACUGUAACCAGAUCACAAAAAGUGGCUGAACACGAAGCAGAGUCACCGCAGCGCUGAGGUGUCAGGUUCUAGUUUGGGCAGAACGUCUGACAGUGACAAUAAAUGUGUUCUGAAACGUCUGGAAAACGGCAUCGUUGUGUUUCUGUGUGCUGACACCCGAGUCGAUAUGUUGGAUUGCUGCAGUGUGUCGCUGCAGGAGUGAGUGUUCGGCGGAAAGCAAAUUGAUUUGUCAAAUAAAAAAAAAAAAAAGCUUUCUUUCUA